AUGGGAGUAGAGAUGGAACACCGGAGAAGGGAUGAGAAGGAUUGGGCAACAGAGUUGAAGCAGCGUGGCAAGGCGGUUUAUGAUUCCCCCCAUCACUAUGUGAUCCCGCUCCAUCAAAUGGAUGCACAGGGCAACGCAGCCGAGCGUGCUAGCAACGCAGCCGAGCGUGCUAGCAACGCAGCCGAGCGUGCUAGCAACGCAGCCGAGCGUGCUAGCAACGCAGCCGAGCAUGCGAACAACGCAGCGGAGCGUGCGAGCAACGCAGACGAGCGUGCGAGCAACGCAGCCGAGCGUGCUAGCAACGCAGCCGAGCGUGCUAGCAACGCAGCCGAGCGUGCUAGCAACGCAGCCGAGCGUGCUAGCAACGCAGCCGAGCGUGCUAGCAACGCAGCCGAGCGUGCUAGCAACGCAGCCGAGCGUGCUAGCAACGCAGCCGAGCGUGCUAGCAACGCAGCUGAGCGUGCUAGCAACGCAGCUGAGCGUGCUAGCAACGCAGCUGAGCGUGCUAGCAACGCAGCUGAGCGUGCUAGCAACGCAGCUGAGCGUGCUAGCAACGCAGCAGAGCGUGCUAGCAACGCAGCAGAGCGUGCUAGCAACGCAGCUGAGCGUGCUAGCAACGCAGCAGAGCGUGCUAGCAACGCAGCAGAGCGUGCUAGCAACGCAGCAGAGCGUGCUAGCAACGCAGCAGAGCGUGCUAGCAACGCAGCUGAGCGUGCUAGCAACGCAGCUGAGCGUGCUAGCAACGCAGCAGAGCGUGCUAGCAACGCAGCUGAGCGUGCUAGCAACGCAGCAGAGCGUGCUAGCAACGCAGCAGAGCGUGCUAGCAACGCAGCAGAGCGUGCUAGCAACGCAGCAGAGCGUGCUAGCAACGCAGCUGAGCGUGCUAGCAACGCAGCAGAGCGUGCUAGCAACGCAGCAGAGCGUGCUAGCAACGCAGCUGAGCGUGCUAGCAACGCAGCUGAGCGUGCUAGCAACGCAGCAGAGCGUGCUAGCAACGCAGCAGAGCGUGCUAGCAACGCAGCUGAGCGUGCUAGCAACGCAGCUGAGCGUGCUAGCAACGCAGCUGAGCGUGCUAGCAACGCAGCUGAGCGUGCUAGCAACGCAGCAGAGCGUGCUAGCAACGUUGCUGAGCGUGCGAGCAACGCAGCAGAGCGUGCGAGCAACGCAGCUGAGCGUGCUAGAAACGCAGCAGAGCGUGCUAGCAACGCAGCAGAGCGUGCUAGCAACGCAGCAGAGCGUGCUAGCAACGCAGCUGAGCGUGCUAGCAACGCAGCUGAGCGUGCUAGCAACGCAGCUGAGCGUGCUAGCAACAAAGCAGAGCGUACUAGCAACGCAGCUGAGCGUGCUGGCAACGCAGCUGAGCGUGCUAGCAACGCAGCUGAGCGUGCUAGCAACGCAGCAGAGCGUGCUAGCAACGCAGCUGAGCGUGCUAGCAACGCAGCAGAGCGUGCUAGCAACGCAGCAGAGCGUGCUAGCAACGCAGCUGAGCGUGCUAGCAACGCAGCUGAGCGUGCUAGCAACGCAGCUGAGCGUGCUAGCAACGCAGCUGAGCGUGCUAGCAACGCAGCAGAGCGUGCUAGCAACGCAGCUGAGCGUGCUAGCAACGCAGCAGAGCGUGCUAGCAACGCAGCAGAGCGUGCUAGCAACGCAGCUGAGCGUGCUAGCAACGCAGCUGAGCGUGCUAGCAACGCAGCUGAGCGUGCUAGCAACGCAGCAGAGCGUGCUAGCAACGCAGCUGAGCGUGCUAGCAACGCAGCUGAGCGUGCUAGCAACGCAGCAGAGCGUGCUAGCAACGCAGCAGAGCGUGCUAGCAACGCAGCUGAGCGUGCUAGCAACGCAGCAGAGCGUGCUAGCAACGCAGCAGAGCGUGCUAGCAACGCAGCAGAGCGUGCUAGCAACGCAGCUGAGCGUGCUAGCAACGCAGCUGAGCGUGCUAGCAACGCAGCUGAGCGUGCUAGAACAAAGCAGAGCCGUGCUAGCAACGCAGCAGAGCGUGCUAGCAACGCAGCAGAGCGUGCUAGCAACGCAGCUGAGCGUGCUAGCGACGCAGCUGAGCGUGCUAGCAACGCAGCAGAGCGUGCUAGCAACGCAGCAGAGCGUGCUAGCAACGCAGCUGAGCGUGCUAGCAACGCAGCUGAGCGUGCUAGCAACGCAGCAGAGCGUGCUAGCAACGCAGCUGAGCGUGCUAGCAACGCAGCAGAGCGUGCUAGCAACGCAGCAGAGCGUGCUAGCAACGCAGCAGAGCGUGCUAGCAACGCAGCUGAGCGUGCUAGCAACGCAGCUGAGCGUGCUAGCAACGCAGCUGAGCGUGCUAGCAACGCAGCUGAGCGUGCUAGCAACGCAGCAGAGCGUGCUAGCAACGCAGCAGAGCGUGCUAGCAACGCAGCUGAGCGUGCUAGCAACGCAGCUGAGCGUGCUAGCAACGCAGCAGAGCGUGCUAGCAACGCAGCUGAGCGUGCUAGCAACGCAGCUGAGCGUGCUAGCAACGCAGCUGAGCGUGCUAGCAACGCAGCAGAGCGUGCUAGCAACGCAGCUGAGCGUGCUAGCAACGCAGCAGAGCGUGCUAGCAACGCAGCAGAGCGUGCUAGCAACGCAGCAGAGCGUGCUAGCAACGCAGCUGAGCGUGCUAGCAACGCAGCAGAGCGUGCUAGCAACGCAGCAGAGCGUGCUAGCAACGCAGCUGAGCGUGCUAGCAACGCAGCUGAGCGUGCUAGCAACGCAGCAGAGCGUGCUAGCAACGCAGCAGAGCGUGCUAGCAACGCAGCUGAGCGUGCUAGCAACGCAGCUGAGCGUGCGAGCAACGCAGCUGAGCGUGCUAGCAACGCAGCUGAGCGUGCUAGCAACGCAGCAGAGCGUGCUAGCAACGCAGCUGAGCGUGCGAGCAACGCAGCUGAGCGUGCUAGCAACGCAGCUGAGCGUGCUAGCAACGCAGCUGAGCGUGCUAGCAACGCAGCAGAGCGUGCUAGCAACGCAGCUGAGCGUGCUAGCAACGCAGCUGAGCGUGCUAGCAACGCAGCAGAGCGUGCUAGCAACGCAGCAGAGCGUGCUAGCAACGCAGCUGAGCGUGCUAGCAACGCAGCAGAGCGUGCUAGCAACGCAGCAGAGCGUGCUAGCAACGCAGCUGAGCGUGCUAGCAACGCAGCUGAGCGUGCGAGCAACGCAGCUGAGCGUGCUAGCAACGCAGCUGAGCGUGCUAGCAACGCAGCUGAGCGUGCUAGCAACGCAGCAGAGCGUGCUAGCAACGCAGCUGAGCGUGCUAGCGACGCAGCUGAGCGUGCUAGCGACGCAGCAGAGCGUGCUAGCGACGCAGCUGAGCGUGCUAGCAACGCAGCUGAGCGUGCUAGCAACGCAGCAGAGCGUGCUAGCAACGCAGCAGAGCGUGCUAGCAACGCAGCAGAGCGUGCUAGCAACGCAGCACAGGGUGCUAGCAAUGCAGCAGAGCAUGCUAGCAACGCAGCAGAGCGUGCUAGCAACGCUGCAGAGCGUGCUAGCAACGCAGCUGAGCGUGCUAGCAACGCAGCCGAGCGUGCUAGCAACGCAGCAGAGCGUGCUAGCAACGCAGCAGAGCGUGCUAGCAACGCAGCAGAGCGUGCUAGCAACGCAGCUGAGCGUGCUAGCAACGCAGCUGAGCGUGCUAGCAACGCAGCUGAGCGUGCUAGCAACGCAGCUGAGCGUGCUAGCAACGCAGCAGAGCGUGCUAGCAACGCAGCAGAGCGUGCUAGCAACGCAGCUGAGCGUGCUAGCAACGCAGCUGAGCGUGCGAGCAACGCAGCUGAGCGUGCUAGCAACGCAGCUGAGCGUGCUAGCAACGCAGCAGAGCGUGCUAGCAACGCAGCAGAGCGUGCUAGCAACGCAGCUGAGCGUGCUAGCAACGCAGCAGAGCGUGCUAGCAACGCAGCUGAGCGUGCUAGCAACGCAGCAGAGCGUGCUAGCAACGCAGCAGAGCGUGCUAGCAACGCAGCAGAGCGUGCUAGCAACGCAGCUGAGCGUGCUAGCAACGCAGCUGAGCGUGCUAGCAACGCAGCCGAGCGUGCUAGCAACGCAGCCGAGCGUGCUAGCAACGCAGCCGAGCGUGCUAGCAACGCAGCCGAGCGUGCUAGCAACGCAGCCGAGCAUGCGAACAACGCAGCGGAGCGUGCGAGCAACGCAGACGAGCGUGCGAGCAACGCAGCCGAGCGUGCUAGCAACGCAGCCGAGCGUGCUAGCAACGCAGCCGAGCGUGCUAGCAACGCAGCCGAGCGUGCUAGCAACGCAGCCGAGCGUGCUAGCAACGCAGCCGAGCGUGCUAGCAACGCAGCCGAGCGUGCUAGCAACGCAGCCGAGCGUGCUAGCAACGCAGCUGAGCGUGCUAGCAACGCAGCUGAGCGUGCUAGCAACGCAGCUGAGCGUGCUAGCAACGCAGCUGAGCGUUGUUGCAACGUAGCUGAGCGUGCUAGCAACGCAGCUGAGCGUGCUAGCAACGCAGCUGAGCGUGCGAGCAACGCAGCUGAGCGUGCUAGCAACGCAGCUGAGCGUGCUAGCAACGCAGCAGAGCGUGCUAGCAACGCAGCUGAGCGUGCUAGCAACGCAGCAGAGCGUGCUAGCAACGCUGCAGAGCGUGCUAGCAACGCUGCAGAGCGUGCUAGCAACGCUGCAGAGCGUGCUAGCAACGCAGCUGAGCGUGCUAGCAACGCAGCUGAGCGUGCUAGCAACGCAGCUGAGCGUGCUAGCAACGCAGCAGAGCGUGCUAGCAACGCUGCAGAGCGUGCUAGCAACGCAGCUGAGCGUGCUAGCAACGCAGCUGAGCGUGCUAGCAACGCAGCUGAGCGUGCUAGCAACGCAGCAGAGCGUGCUAGCAACGCUGCAGAGCGUGCUAGCAACGCUGCAGAGCGUGCUAGCAACGCUGCAGAGCGUGCUAGCAACGCUGCAGAGCGUGCUAGCAACGCUGCAGAGCGUGCUAGCAACGCAGCUGAGCGUGCUAGCAACGCAGCUGAGCGUGCUAGCAACGCAGCUGAGCGUGCUAGCAACGCAGCUGAGCGUGCUAGCAACGCAGCAGAGCGUGCUAGCAACGCUGCAGAGCGUGCUAGCAACGCAGCUGAGCGUGCUAGCAACGCAGCUGAGCGUGCUAGCAACGCAGCUGAGCGUGCUAGCAACGCAGCAGAGCGUGCUAGCAACGCUGCAGAGCGUGCUAGCAACGCAGCUGAGCGUGCUAGCAACGCAGCUGAGCGUGCUAGCAACGCAGCUGAGCGUGCUAGCAACGCAGCAGAGCGUGCUAGCAACGCUGCAGAGCGUGCUAGCAACGCUGCAGAGCGUGCUAGCAACGCAGCUGAGCGUGCUAGCAACGCAGCUGAGCGUGCUAGCAACGCAGCUGAGCGUGCUAGCAACGCAGCAGAGCGUGCUAGCAACGCUGCAGAGCGUGCUAGCAACGCAGCCGAGCGUGCUAGCAACGCAGCCGAGCUGCGAGCAACGCAGCCGAGCAUGCGAGCAACGCAGCAGAGCGAGCUUUGA